UGAGAAUUUACAAAAAAAAAACAAACUUCUCUGUAAAACUUUGUUUCUUCAUCUGUGUUUUGAUUAUUAUUUUUUUUCCUGUUUCUUAUUCAAACACAUAAAUUUCUUCUUGUACUACUAGUUCUUCAUCUGUGUUUUGAUUAUUCCUUUUUUUUUUUUUUCUUAUUCAAACACAUAAAUUUCUUCUUAUACUACUAGUUCUUGUUCGAUGACUUCUCAUGUUCCAAAACAUCCUCGUAAAUGUAAUCUAUCUUUCCCACGCACGCACACACGUGUUUAAUCAAUCUGUCUGUGUUCUUCUUUACAAGUCUUUUUAACUUUUGCGUUUGACCUUUUUUAUCUGUUACCUUUAUGUGUGUGUAUUUACUAUUUAUAUAUAUAGUGCUCUGUUUCUUGUGAUUAGACUCAUAUAAGUCUUAUCUUCAAUACUACUAUAUUAUAUCAUUUUUACGCCUGGUUGUUAGUUUUUUUCGGUACGACUAAAUAUUCAGACAUCAGUUCACGUUUCAAAGUUCAAACCUAUCUCUUCACGUCGAUAAGAAAAUAAAAAGCUGCUGUUGAAGAUAUGGUGAAGAAUCUUAGAGUUGAUCCUCAUGCUAAAGUCACUGCUUCCACCACUUCCAUGGUUUCUGUAAAAGAGAAAAGGAAUCAGCCAGAGCCAUAUUAUGAAACUCUUGAGACAUAUCAAGGCCUGCCUUGUCCUUAUGGUGGCUACUAUGGAUUCUACUAUCCAGGUCUUGAUGGUUCGGUUGGAGAAGCAAAGGAUAACGGAUACUAUGGUUAUGGAACAGAAGUUCAGUACCCGGUUAUGCAAGGGGAAAAUGGAUCUUUGAUCUACUUGAUGCCAGGGUUUCAAUCUUAUGAUGCUAGCCAAGCUUAUAUGCCUAUAAGUACCGUUGGUGUAUCGAGUCAGGCGCUUCACUCGCCCAUGUAUGCAGCUCAGGGUUAUUAUCAGAACCAAUUUGGUUAUGGAGAUGUUUCAUCUCCGACCUAUCUAUGGGACCCUGUUGGAGACAAGUAUGUGUAUGGCGUUGCUUCAAAUAACCAACCCUUGAAACAGAACAUAUCUUCUUCAAGUCAUAACCAUAACAAUUAUUACUCAAGGAGCAAGAACUCCUUCACCGGUCACAGCAUGGGAGAUCGUCCCAAAACACCCCGAAAAGCGUUACAGAACAGCUAUGCUCCACCCCCACUGCAUAAUCAAGAAAGAGGUGGCUUCGCAUACCCGAUGGACCCGGUAAAGAAGAAGUCUGGAGCUUUAAAUCGUGAUGAAACGGACAAGGCUAAAGCGAGGAACAGAGAAAAUGGUAAUAGCACGAAUGACCUAGCAAGUGGUCAAGAUCAUAUUACCAAUGGAGAAUGUGAGUCUUGUACGUUGGAUGAUGCUGAAGGAAAUGAAAGAAGCAACGGUGUUGGUUCUGUGAUCAGAAGGGAUCAAUAUAACCUCCCUAGCUUUCAGACCAAAUACGAGGAAGCAAUAUUUUUUGUGAUAAAAUCUUAUAGCGAAGACGACAUACACAAGAGCAUCAAGUACAAUGUCUGGUCUAGUACUCUCAAUGGGAACAAGAAGUUAGACAGUGCGUAUCAAGAAUCUCAGAAGAAGAUUGCAGAGAAAAGUGUAAAGUGCCCGGUUUUCCUAUUCUUCUCGGUGAAUGCGAGUGGGCAAUUCUGCGGUGUUGCUGAAAUGGUUGGGCGAGUGGAUUAUGAGAAAAGCAUGGAGUUUUGGCAGCAAGAUAAGUGGACUGGCUAUUUUCCAGUCAAGUGGCACAUGAUCAAAGAUGUUCCAAAUCCGCAAUUACGACAUAUAAUACUUGAGAACAAUGAGAACAAGCCUGUAACCAAUAGCAGAGACACACAAGAGGUGAGGUUGCCGCAAGGAAAUGAAGUGUUGAACAUCUUCAAGAACUAUGCAGCAAAGACAUCUAUAUUAGAUGAUUUCGAUUUUUAUGAAAACAGAGAGAAGGUUAUGGUACAGAAGAAGCUAAGGUUCCCUCCGGUAUUAAAGAAGAAAGAAGAAGAGCUGGUUGCUGAUUUCAAAACAAUGGAGAUAUCUAACACAGCCAAAGAGGGAAACACAGAUUUAACCGGGACUGUGAACUAACUAAACUAGUAGAACCUGUUAGUGUUUUUUUGGUUUGGUUUUUUUAAGGAUCAAUAUAAACCGUCCGAUUGUGUCGGAUUGCUUUGAUUUGAUAACAAGCGAGUGCCGUCGUGUUCUAUUGUUUUGUUGUAUGGUGGGUUUUUCUUCUCUUUAUCGUUUUGUGGGUUUGUGCUUAUGAUAUGGUUUUGCAAUAUGUAAUCAUGGCAAUGAUAGGGUUUGAUUUUUAAUA